UUACAGCACUCUUUAAUUUGUCUUUAAUAGAAAUUGACAGAAGAUACUCAAGAAAAGAGGUUAUCAAAUAAAGGAAAUAUUUCUAAAUUGCAAUUUCACAAUAGAGACGAUGAUCUCAUAUUAACGUUAGGGAAAAAGGAAUUUUCACAUUACGAACAUCAAAACGUUUUCAUGAAGAAUGGUGGUGAAUGGUUACGCGAGUAUGACAAAGAAUUGGGAGAUUUUGAAGGACGGUUGUUCGAGUUUUCAAUCAAUUUUGUGCCCAGUUAUCCGUUUCAAGAAGAUGUAAACGAGCCUGUAAAUUACAUGCAAACGAGAGUGCCGGCUUGGUGCGAUCGGGUCUUGUUGAGCCCCACUGCGAAAACAUUAGUCCAAGAUAUAAAUGAUUCAGAGACAGUGGAGUACGGUAUAAUCGGUUCAACUACAUGCAUGGGUCCUAAAAAUAAUUUUUAA